AUGGCUGAAAUCGACAAAGAGGAUCCCCUCCCCUGUCCAGACUGGAUAGUUUCGACUCUAUCCAAUGUCCAUAUUGCGAGGGACAGAAGAUGGUUCGGUGACGAUUACGUCACUUUCCCCAGCCAUACAUGUAGUCUUGGGCAACGGUCCGAGGUCGUGGGCAUCGGCACGGUCUGCCUCCCCGUGAAAGCCUCGCUCACAACCAAGGGGCCAGGGUCUCACGGUAUCCUGCGGCUAUGCAAUGUCCUCCAUGUGCCAGCGGGGGCCGUCAAUAUCAUUGGCAACGUGAUUUCGGACGACUUCUACCUCGAAGUCUGUGCGCCCACUGCAAGAGUUGCCGCCAAGCUUAUAAGUCGAAAAAAGGGCAAAACGGCUGCUCUUCUCAACUCUGGGCCCGGGCAAGCGUCCCAUAUGUACUCUGUAAAGCUCAGUGGCUACCCCGUUGGCCCUCGGGUAGGGAUACCCUGGGUCUGGUCGCAUGAGGUCAUGAUGGAAGACAUGUGCAGCAACUGGCCCUUAGGUGAACAGGAGAGGUAUCUUGAGUGCGAGUAUCGGAAGGAAAGAGUUUCCACGGCAAAGCCCGAUAGUCGGUCAUUGGGCGUCGAAAAGUCCAAUACCAGCAAGAUAGAUCCGACACGGGAGACACUUGUACGGCACAGGGAGAGACGACAGGCUGCUAGUCUCUACCUCGCUCCCGAAGAGCUCGACUAUGUCAACAACCACUGGGGCGACUCUGCGUCGUUCAUGGAGAAUCUGUGCCUCAACGAGCACAUGGAGAAAGAUUGUCUUAGGGCGAAGCAUCUUGCCUCCACCUUUGCUGAUCUGUAUCACGAAGAGGACGAAUACUGGGAGGCCCGUGAGGACCACCGCAAGCCCCCUGUUGUUGACCGUCUUUUUACACCACGACAGCUGUACUACAUGAACCGCGACCAUGGGAACUCGUCUAUUUUCAUGACCCAUAUGGAUCUUGAUGUUAACAACGAAGACGAUUGUAUUGAAGCACAAGACCUGGCGGAGGACUUGUGUUUCGACAGUGAUGACGAGGAUGACGAGGACGCGGAUUAUCUGGAUGAAAAUGGUCUAUGCGAGGAUGAGAUGGAGGAGUAUGAGCCAGGCAUGGACGGAUACGAGCUUGCGGAUCCUGGAAUACCAGCGAGGCGCAGUCGAGAUCAGGUGCUGGGCUACCUCAACGUAGGCACUUAUGAGGCUGGGCCAAGACAGCUGGCCGAGCACUUCUUGUCAGAGGAGGAGCUGAAUUUCGUGAACCAGACUUACGGCGAUUCCAUGUCCUUCAUGACCUGCUUCAAUCUUAGGUUUUACAAGGAAGUGGACUGUCUCGAAGCCAAAUAUAUUGCUGCCGCAGAGGUGCGCGGGAGAAAUAAAGGCGAGCCGAGGAACUAG